GGUCCCAUAAAAUCUUUGUCCACGCGCUAAACAACUAAUAGUUUUUUGCUAGUUCGAGGAGACAUUGGAUAUUGAGGCUCAGGCCAAUUUUAUGACUGCAGUUGUGAAGGCGGCUUGUAGAAAGCUGUUCGUUACUUAGUCUGCUGUAUUAUCGAUCUUCUAGUUUAACUCUAAAUUCGAGUUGAUCAAUAACUCAAGUGGUUUGAUUCAUCUUCUGUUUUUCUUAACAUGCCUCCGGAAACGUAUUUUAAUUUGGAUUCCAUACCUGCUACCGUCGAUGAAGUUGUUGUUUCUGGAUUGGACAGGACGCACGAUUCAAUUGUCAAAAAACAAGUAGUUAAUAAUCUUCGAUUUGAACUUUGAUUUAUCAAGCUUGUGGGGUUAGUGAAAUCACAGAAUUUACAGGACCUUUUUGAGAAUGUGAGGAUUGCCAAAGAAAAGCUCGUAAAGCUUGGUGUGUUCAAGACUAUUUUUGCUGUCGUGGAUGUGUCCGAAGAUCAUUCAAAGCCGAAUGCGUAUAAAAUUACCUUCAAAGUUGAGGAAAAACGCUUCGUUACUGCCCGAAUGUCAAUGACUCAUGGAACUGAUGGAAUUACAAAGGCAUGUGGAAAUGUUCGUCUCAAUAAUUUUGCUCACCGUGCUGAAUGUGCUGAUAUUGAUGUUGAAAUCGGUUCAAACCAUUUGGUUUCCAAGUUCGCAACUAUUUCAAAGCCAUUGGAGAAUAAUCCAUACGUUCGUGUUAGUAUUGGUGGGACAGAAGGGAAUUGGGAUCACUAUUGGGCUAAAUUUCUGCGACAUGAACGUUCAGUGUUUACAGAAGCUCAAGCAGAAUCCUCCCUUGGAGUGCACAGAUUUCAAUGGGAUGCAGUGUGGCGAGAAACGGAAGUUAAGGAUCCUACUGCACCGUUAGGCGUCCUCAAAGAAUGCGGACCAGCAGUGAAAUCUAGUCUUCGUCAUGUCUUCGAAUCAGAUGCUCGUCCUGAUUUAGUCUUUCCAGAUGCUGGGUAUCUCUGUAGAAUAAGCCAAGAAAUUGCCUCCAUUACUCCUGGUUGUCAAACAGGACAGUCUAAUGUUAGUGAUAUUUCUUCUAGUGAUACAGGUUCUUUAGUUGAUCGUGCAUUGCAAUUAAAAUUGGAGGGAUUGCUUCAGAAACCAUUUCGUUUAUGUGACUGGCUUGUUGGAGAAGUGACAUUUUCUUCUGGAUUGAUUCAUUCUUUGACUAAGCAUCCCGUUCAUAUUUCUGAUAGAUUUUUUUUGGGUGGACCUUUAGAACUUAGAGGAUUUCAAUGGCGUACUGUAAGUCCAUCAGAGCCAUUAUUAGUACCAAAUGUUCAAACGUUAGAUAGUUUUGAAGCAACACUUAAUAAUAAUAAUAAUCAACAAUCAUUAUCAACACCUGUAUCUACUAACUCACCAUCAUCACCUAUUGGUGCUGAUGCUUUCUGGUUAACUGGAGCUCAUUUAUACACUCCAUUACCGUAUUGGGGUGCUGAAGAAGGUUCAUUAGCUGCUCAAUUACGUCUACAUGGAUUCUUUCUUGCCGGUUCUACAUUGGAAAAACCUAUUCAAAAAUUGAUGGAUUCAUCUUCUACUUGUAGAACUGUUAAUGAAUUUAGUCAAUAUUUUUUAAAUGAAUUAAAAGGUCGACCUCGUACUGUAAUUGGUAUGGGUAUAGUAUUUCGUUUUGCUGGAAUUUUACGCAUUGAAUUAAAUUAUUGUUUCCCAAUGACAUAUCAACCUGGUGAUCAAGUAAAGCCUGGAUUCGCUUUUGGAUUUGGGAUGUAUUAUAUGUGAUUUAUUGAUCAAUUUGUAGUUUUACUGUUUGAAUUUUCCACUGCAAAAUUAUUCGGUAAUAAUCUUGUGUGUGUACGAAGCAAUUAAAUAGACGGAGGUUGAUCCCAAUAGUAACUUGUUAUUAUUAUCAGAUACUAAUCGAUACUAAUUUAGAUUUGUAGUGGUUUCUGCUUUGUUGAAUUUUUGUCUUACUUUAGAUUACCUAAACUGAUACUGUACACAUGUUUCAUGUAUAAAUGCAUUAGGAAAUAAAUACAUAUUUCAGUA